AUGGUCAAGCGCAAGGAACUCAAAGACAAUGAUGUCGAGAUGUCGGGGACGGAUCCCCGCGUCGACGGCGACGACUCCGACGAGGACAUGGACAUGGUCAACGUCGACUUCGAAUGGUUCGACCCUCAACCAGCCGUCGAUUUCCACGGUCUGAAGAACCUCCUCCGUCAGCUCUUCGACACCGACGCCCAGAUCUUCGACAUGUCCGCUUUGGCCGAUUUGAUCCUCUCGCAACCUCUGCUUGGUUCGACUGUUAAAGUUGAUGGGAAUGAGUCGGAUCCGUAUGCGUUCUUGACUGUGCUGAAUCUUCAGGAGCACAAGGAUAAACCCGUCAUCAAAGACCUCACAGCCUACCUCCAGCGCAAAGCCAACGCCACACCGACACUCGCGCCCUUGGCCCAACUCCUCUCCCAAACGCCCAUCCCGCCCAUUGGCCUGAUCCUGACGGAACGUCUCAUCAACAUGCCUGCGGAGGUCGUACCGCCCAUGUACACGAUGUUGCAAGAGGAGAUCGAUUGGGCGAUCAAGGACAAGGAGCCGUACAGUUUCACGCAUUACUUGGUUGUGUCGAAGACGUACGAAGAGGUGGAGUCGAAGCUAGAUGCGGAGGAGUCGCGGCCGCAGAAGAAGAAGAAGAAGGCUGCGGGUGGGGAGAAGGCCGAGCGGUUUUUCUUCCAUCCUGAGGAUGAGGUUCUGGAAAGACACGCUGUGUGUGUUGGGCCUGUGGAGUAUACGCAUAAGGCUGAGGAGGGGUUGUCGGAUUCGAAGCGCGCGUUCCAGGAUCUGGGUAUCGUGACGAAGGGGAGUCUCAUUUUGUUGGAGGCGAGUAAGUUGGAUGGGGCGGUUAAGGAUAUGGCGGAGUAUUUUAAGCCAUAG